GACCCCAGCUGACUCGGUCGGGCAGAGGGACACCCGCAGUGACCAUGGCUCUCAAGUCUGUCACAGGGCUGACCACCCCCUGCGUCCUGGUUUUAGACUGUGGUUUUCAGGCUGGGAGGCACGUGAGAAUCCAGGGCUCUGUUCCUUGCGGCUCCCAGUGGUUCUCCGUGAACUUCUGCUGUUCGGAUGGGCCCAGCUGCGAUAUAGCUUUUCACUUCAACCCCCGCUUGGACCAGAACUGUGUGGUGUUCAACACCUUCCAGAACCGCAGCUGGCAGUGUAACCAGACCAAGGAGGAGAACCCGUUCAAGCACGGGGCCUCCUUCCAGCUAGACAUCCACAUCACUGAAGAGCACUUUGAGGUUCUUGUGAACAACAACGUGUUCGAUCGGUACAGUCACCGCAUCCCUCUGUGUCAAGUGAAGAGCCUGGAGGUCCAGCCUAAGGUGGACAUCCACAAGAUUGAGUUCUUCUAGCUUGUCCCAGAACACAGAAACCCCCAGCAAUGGGGACCUCACAUUGGAGAUCCUGCCAGGACCUACUGAUAGAUGUGGAGAGCUGCCAAUGAAGUGGCCUCUGGGCUCUCCCCUACCUGU